AUGUAUUUCAUGGCAAAUAUUCAGUUGAUUUUUUUUGUAAACGAAAUUAGCGCUGAAAUAAAAUGGUUCCAUAGGUCCGCAGAGAAAAAUGUAGAUUUUUGUUCGUGCGAUCCAGUGAUUGAGGACAGGAGCUGGUCCACGUUCUCGUUUCUAGAGGCCCUCAUGUUGUGUUCAAUGAGAUGUUCACAAACAGCCAGCUGUGUGGCUUACAACUUCUUCAAUGCUACCAAUCAGUGCCAACUCUUCAAUCAAACAUUGAACAAGUUCUCUGUACUGCCCGGUUGUAUAAAUUAUUUUAAAAAAGAUGAAGAGAGAACUGAAAUCAUUCGACCGUUGACGAUCACAGUGGACAACGAACUUGUGGAAUUUUACGUCAACGGAAUCAACGUGCCGAUAGCUUUAAAUUUCCCACAUGCGAAGGACUGGAACAUUCCUGAUACAUACAACCUUAUUGGGAAAAUAAAAAUAAUUGCACUCAUGACAUAUAACUAUGCUUUUGACGGCGGUUUCAUAGCAAGCACAGCAGACAACUACAUCCUGACCAAUUUAACUUGGAAAUGUACCAUGAACUAUUACGAUGUGUUUUAUAUCAAUAUUAUUGUGGCCAGGAAUUGUUAUCGUAAACUUGAAGAUGGUGAUGUAAGUUUUUGUUCGUGCGAUCAAGCUAUUGAAGAUAGGAUCUCGUUUCUAGAGGCCCUCAUGUUGUGUUCAAUGAGAUGUUCACAAACAGCCAGCUGUGUGGCUUACAACUUCUUCAAUGCCACCAAUCAGUGCCAACUCUUCAAUCAAACAUUGAACAAGUUCUCUGUACUGCCCGGCUGCCAAUAUUAUCUUAAGAAAGACAGACGCUGUACAAAUACGUUUUUGCCAUUUGAUUCAGAAAACUCCCUAACUAACAAACCAUUGACGAUCACCGUGAACAAUGAGCUCCUGGAAUUUUACUUGAACGGAAAGAACAUACCCGUUGCAUCAAACUUUCCGAAUGCUAAGAUGUGGAACAUUGCAGACACGUACAACAUGACUGGCAACGUUCAUGUUAUCGCCCUCAAAACAUACAACCAGGGUAAACGUGGCGGUUUCAUAGCCAGCACAGCAGACAACUACAUCUUGACCAACGAAACUUGGAAAUGUACCAUGAACUAUUACGAUGGUUGGAACAAAAUGAAUUAUAACGAUUCGUUCUGGCCUGCUACAAGAGUAGCUCCAUGGCCAACCGCCAGCAAUUAUUACCCUCCCCUUUCCAGUGCAGCCAAGUGGAUCGUUGAUUCCACUGACUGCAGCAACUGUAACAUUUACUGCAGAAAGAGUUUAAUCGAUGAUGAAGAUGAACAUGGAGAUGAUGAAAGUGAAGAUAACGACGACGAUGAUGAAAGAAAUGGCGUGGCGAGCUUCGAGACGUUAAACGAACUGCCGAUUUAUUACACGGCGAUGACAAAUGAGAAAACGAACAACAAAUUUUUUUUUGGAAGAAACAUGGAGGCAUAUUUUAUUUCCUCAAACAUUUAUUUUUUUGGUUUCAAUGCCUUCUACGUUCUUUCAUGA